AUGUACUUUUCAUCAUCUUCUAUCAACAAUUUUGCCGUGGUGGCCAUACACUUGCUUCUUAUACACAGCGUUUCGUCCUUGAACAUUACAAAUGUGUAUCUUCGCCACAAAUGUAUCGUCGGUGAAGGGAAAUAUAAGCGAGGAAGUGAAUACGAGAAAAACCUCAAUACACUCAUCCAAUCUACCUCAGCAGGAAAUUUUCGCAGCGGCUAUGAUCAGGUCUCCCAUGGUAAAGGUCCCCACUCCGUUACCUUCAUGUACCAAUGCCGUGGCGACUCCUACGGGCCAAGGUGCCGCUCCUGCUACACCACCGCCCUCUCGGCGCUUCGUAAGAGAUGUCCGAGAAACAAAGGGAGAAUAAUAUGGUACGACCAAUGUCUUAUAGAGAUUUCAUCCAUCCUUAACAAGGGAAAGAUCGAUUACGACAACAACUUCUGUAUGUCCAACACAAAAAACGCCACCGGAUCGUCGUUGGAGUUUAAACAGAAAAUGGUCGAUUUCCUACUAAAUCUCGGGAUGAAAGCUACUAGUGAAGACAACAUGGAUGAGAACAACCAGGCUUUGCUUUAUGCAACAGGAGAGGAAAGAGUUGGGACGACGAAGCUGUAUGCAAUGGUGCAGUGUUCGAAAAAUUUAUGGUUGAAGACUUGCUAUGCGUGUUUGGAAUGGAUUAUCCUCAAGGAAUCUGAUUGCUGCGACGGUAAAUUAGGAGGGAGAGUUUUCAGUACGACCUGUAACUAUAGAUAUGAGCUUUACCCUUUUCUUGAACAGACCGUUUGA